AUGGCUGUCCAGAUGUUUAACGGGAACGUUCCUUGCAUGUUGUUUAAGGUACAAACGAGUGAACAAACUUAUAGAAAUACAGAAAGUUUAUAAAUUGUAUAGUGUAUACGUAUAUGAAACAACCGCACGUUACACGUAUUAAACCCCUGCAGAGACUGCCAUGCAGUGCGUCGUAAACUAUACAGUUUUUACAACUGUCGAUCGGAAUAUAUUCAUUGUUUCCUCCAUUUUUAUUUACAUUCACUCUGCAUGUUCAUUAAUAUGUGCAAAUAUAAUUACCAAACGGGAACACAAGCUGUCCUUCGGCCCAAUAUUUCCCUCACUAGAUAUGACUGUCUCAAACCCUGGAGUAUUUCUAAAGUGGUGCAUUGUAUAUACCUUUAGAUAGAAAACAUAUUUCUUGAUUCAAAAGUGGUUAUCUUGAUUAACGCGAUGGAAAUAGACAUGUUUUAUCUUGUAAUUCAUGCAAGUUGGAAAAACAUCUGCUCCUCCGUCUGAUAACAAAUUUGUUUCAAAUUUACUUCGUCUUCGAAUCUUGUAAUGUUAACCGCACACUGAAACCACCGCCGGUUAAACUGUAAUGUUGUAAAGUUAGUAAAUUAACUAAAAGUACUGCACAUAGUACCAUAGCUUUUUAUAGUUUUGAUCAACCAUUGCCAAAGUGCAAUUGUUUUGUUUUCUGGACAAAAUAAGUUACUAUCGAUUUGAUAUUGCAUUUUUGAUGAUCCUAUCUCCUAUAAAAUUUGGCUUCAUACAUUCUUAUGUUGACAAGAUGUAUAGAAUUAAGUUAAAGAUCUAGACGAAUGCGUAAUUGUGCACUGUCAUGGACCACUAUCAACUGCAAUUACAACAAUAUAACCGUCUACUGCUACAACAAUCCGGCUACUGCAACAACCACAACAAAAAUUAAUAGAAAAGAACAAUAGCAAUAGGGCCAUUUAUACGAUAGACUAUUUUAUCUUUACCACAAUUGUGAUAAUACUUUCUUAACUGUGUUUAUCCUAACCCACCCUGUCAACUUUCCACAUUGUGGGAGGAAACCCGAGCACCCGGAGAAAACCCACGACUUUCGGCAGAGCGUGGGUCUAUGCAUGGGUCUAUGCGAGCACUAUGAGUCCGUAGUGAGAAUCGAACCCACGAAUUUCGAAUGUACUAAUGUGUUGCAUGUUUUUACAAAUAUGCUAACUUUAAUGAUUAUUUAUUUUUAGAGACGUGAAGUAGCAAACUUCCUAAAUGGCGAGGUUGUGGACGGUCAGCGGGUCAACGAUGCAGGAGUUUCAAAACAAAAAACUGUGGUGCAGUCAGAUUCACGUGGCUUCACUUCCAGUCAUCUUAAAAAAGAACUUACAUACGAUAAAGCUCGCAAUAAACUGAAACAAAAUAUUUCACCAACAACACCAGUGUCAUCUGAUGGUGGAGAUCAAGAAAGACCACUUUUUCCUACAGAAAAUCAUAGACGAUAG